CUCAAAGGAGCCCUUCAGGAGCUUUCAAUACGCUUUUCCCGAACAUAACACUUUGCAUACAGUCCGCAGGACUAUACGGGGAAAAGGCCCCAACUAGGGAGAUGCCCCGGUUUACCAGGACAAAUUGUAAUUAAAUCCGCCAGGAGCUGCCCGAGGAGGCUUUCGCGCCAACGGACGAGCUCCGUGCCGUGUGGGAAGCCAGUGGACUAGGAGGGAAGGCGGACAAGGUUGCGCCAAUCUUCGCAAUUUCAUUAUGUUGGUACACGCGAGAGCAUCCCGACCCGAAGGGGCUGCAGCUGAACUUGGUGAUCGAUACGCUGGAGGCCGAGCGCCAGAAGUACUCCCGAGGCUUGAAAUGCUUCAAGAGUUUCAGCGAGAUGGGCGUGUUCUGGGACUGGCCCUCGCUGCCCCAGGGCGACCCUGCCAAGUCCGAGAGCGCGAAGAUUGCCGCCCUGCUAGAGGGCAAGAGCGAGGAGGACGCUCUAGAGGCCGCGGACGAGGCUGAGCGCACCCCCGCGGAGAAGAUGGCGUUCAACACGCGCCCUGCACGAGACGAGGGACCUUUGGUACGCCCACCAGGCCACCACCGUCUUCCUGCUGACGCAGCACCCGCGGGAGCGGGGCAGCGCCUGAGACAGCGAUUACGACCAGGCGGGCUGGACGGCCUAUGAGCCAUGCUCCGCGGAGCAGAUCCAGCAGGCCGGACGCGUCGCUGCGAACUGGGACGCCGUGGCCGACCUCCGGCGCGGGGGCGGGGGCGGCCGCGGCCGUGAGGGGGUGGCCAGUGGGCCCAGACCAGCUCGACGGGCUCACCGAGCGAAGGCCUUUCACCAGCGGCACGGACUGGGCGGCGGUGAGGGCGCUUUUCCGCAGGAUGGGCCGCGCGCAGUUGGGCGGCGUCACGGUGCUGCAUCUCGUGGGCAUGCCGCCGCCGACCCCAGAGCACGCGGUGGGGCUUGCCGGCCGCCUGCGGCUGUGCGCCCGCCUGGAGACGCUGAACCCGACGGGCUGCCAGAUCGGCCGCGAGGGCGCCGAGGCCCUGGCGGGGGCGCUGCCCUUCGUGCCUGCCCUGCGUGAGCUGCACCUGGAGGGCAACGACCUCGGCGUCGAGGGCGCCCGGGCGUUGGCCGCGGCGCUGCCUUCCUCGCCCGGCCUGCGGGUGCUGAGGCUGGGCAGCAACGGCAUCGGCGACGGGGCGGAGGCCGCGGUGCGGGCCGCCUGGGGCGGCCGGGGGCCGAACCUGCUCCUCUGGGCAGGCUCGUCCGGGAGGGCCAGCAGCUCUUAGGGGCUGGGGCUGGGGCGCUCUGAGCCUUGUGCGUCGGGGCUCCGAGGGGUUGGCGCGCACCAGCACGGCCUUUGUUCAGCUUCUGCAGCUCCGCCCUGGCGCGCCGGAGUUGUCCAUUCGUUUUCGUGCGUGUUGUCAGGCCUGCAGCUCCGUUUAUCGCGCCAGAGUUGAAGCCGCUUAUGUGCGCCGCCGUUCGCCCUAUCCUCUCCCCCUCCGUCCCUCUGGCGCACAGAGCACGGCUGAUCACGCUGAUCGUGCUGCACUGCAGUCGUCUCAGUUUGGCGUUGAGUCAUUUGUGGCUUUGCCUUUCCUCCGAGCCGACGCCCACUUUGGUGUUCGCACACCGCGAGUAUUGUUGUUAUGUUUCUGUUUGAAGUCUGCGAGAUGCGCGCCGGGCUGAGGUCGUCACACUAUUUCGCGUUGGUAAGAACAAAGAGGAACACAUUGCG